GUAUCACCUGCGAGAAGAAAUCGAGUCUGUAUCAAGAUUUUAAAUCUAACUUAGUCGCAAGAUCUCCGAUGACGAAAAAGAAGUCAAUAGUACAUAGCAACAUUGGGCCAGUGAUUGUCGAUCUCAUCGAGGAACUGGAGAUUCAGCUCGAUCAAAAAUUGUAUUCUUGCAACACCAAUUCGCCGAGGAAGUCGAAACCAGCACUUCCAGCAACUGCACCGACGAAGCCUUUAAAGGCGAUUUCUGAUGAGAAAACGAAAACUAUGACAAAAAGUACUUCAGCAGAUCUAUCAACAACACCUAUCAACAAAACAAAAUCACUUACUCCGUCCAAAAAAACUAACACUCAGACCCACACUAAAUCUUCGAAUAACGAAAAAAGAUCUUCAUAUAAACCGGCGCGAAAGUUACGCAUGUCCACUAACACUGCAGGCAACAAAUUGGAUACAUCCUCGAGACAAACGUUGAUCUCGAAAAUCAUGGCAAUGAACAAGCCGCCUAAAUCCGAGAAACCAUUGAAAAAAAAUGAGGACAAGAUCAUCAAAACCGCGAUACGAGAUGCCAUGAAAAAGUACAAAAGAAACGUGACUAUUCGGCCAGAAGUACCGCUACUGCCUUCUCUACUUACACCGCCAAUUGUGAAAGUCACAUCCGUGUCGAUGACGAAAAGCAAGAGUCGCAGCUUCCCUAAAAAACAAACGCAUAAAAAAAAUAAAAUUUUAACAGACAUCUCCGAUAUGUACGCUGUCGGUUUGAGUCUAACCAAAUAAUCGAAAACAACCUGUCAGUCACUCGUUGCUCGUUAUUUUUCUCUUUACUGUUGAUCGAUUCUCUAAUUCUAUCUACAAGUAAUAUAUGUAUACAACUAAUAAAUGUUACAAUUAUACCCCUAA